AUGGCUUCGCUUUACACCCCACACGGUGGGGAAGAAGCACCUCGUCGACCCGCCUCCGCCGACAACGAACCCGAAAGCCGAGAAACUGCAAACGACGAGACCAGAGUGCAAGUGGAUAGCGAUUCUGAUGCGGAAGACGAAGAGUACUCUCCCGAUGAUCCCGGGAUCUCAGAUCCGUCCCUAGCAGCCUACUUAGAAAGGGUGGUCUCCGAAAGGUUCGGCACCAUUCAGUCUAUGGUAGAAAGGCUCUCAGGGGUAGCUCCUCCUAUUCGAAGGAGUACGGGAGAUCCUGACAAUUAUCUCGCCCAGUACAAGCAACGUAUGCUAGCAGUAGCAAUUCGUCGGGAUGCACGGGAAGCUACCAUAUGCAAAGGAUUCAGAUCAACCUUGACCGGCCCUGCCCUCCAGUGGUAUAUCAACCUGCAUAUCAAAUCCAUCAAAUCUUUUGCAGCCCUUAGAGAUAAAUUCGUAGAGCAGCUCGCCAGCAGCCGUGACCUAGAGAAAAACUCGGAUGAUCUCUAUGAGAUCCUCCAGCAUAGGAAUGAGCCCUUUCGUACCUACAUAGCGCGCUUCAACCAAGCGAAGGUGGCUAUCCCUGAGUGUAACGCUGACACGGCUAUCUCAGACUUCAAGCGGGGUCUACUCCUGGAGGGAGAUCUUUACAAGGAGCUGAUCAAAUACAAGUGCAGGAUUAUGGAAGACGUAUUGUCCCGUGCUUGGGCUCAAGUAAGGUGGGAAGAAGAUGUUGCUAGUAGGGCCAAAGCCGGUCCGAAGUACGAUCGGAAGUCCUCCAAGCUGACUAGGAAUGAUCGUGAUGAGCCCAUUCACCCCAAGCCUGCUAGGGAAACCAGUAACCCAAGCAGGGGCAGAUAUCAACACCGCCCUUUACCUAGAUCCAAAGGGAUGAUGGUAUCCACAUGGCCCGAUAUCUCCCAUCUUGCGAUAUCGAAACCGGAACUGAUCGGUGUCCUACGACAAAUGGGUCCUCAAGUCAAGUGGCCUCCUAAGAUGAAGGCCGCAGAGGCUAUUCGAAACCCUAAGCGAUGGUGUGAGUUCCAUAGUGACCAUGGUCACACUACAGAGGAUUGCAUAGCCCUGAAGAUGGAAGUCGCCGAGAUCCUUAAGAAAGGCUAUUUAAGGGAGUUCCUCUUGGACAAGGCCAAGAACCUUAUAAAUAAGGAAGGUCCCGGUCUCCCUAUCGAAGUUGCUCCCGCAUUGCCACCGCAGCAAGAUCGGGUGAUCCAUGUCAUCUCAGGCGGAUCGGAGGUAAGCGGAAUCAGCAGUGCCGCUGCCAAGAGAAGUACUCGCAAUGCCAGGAACGACCAAGAGGCCGAGGGUCCUAAGCGCAUACUCCUCGGAACAGACGAGAUUAGCUUCACUGCAAGGGAGCAGUAG